CAACCGAAACGGUCAACGUUGCGCGUUUAUAAAUUUCUGUACUCCUUUUUCAGCGCUUCUGUUUUUUGGCACAAUUUUUCACGGCGUCUUCGAAAAUAAAGAAAUCCGAAGCUGAACAAACAUUUAAUAUCAAAAGGGUAAGAAUUGUGCGAAAAAACAUUUUAAAGUUAUCAAGCGGGGAAAAUUAAAAUGGGUAGAGUGCAUAAGAAGAAAAUCGCAGAAUAUGCGGAAUCUGCUGAAAAUGAGAAUGAACAAGAUGAGGAAGCUAAAAAGAGCGCCACGGUGGAGUCCAACAGCGAUGAAUCGGAAGUUGAUGGGGGUGCCGAGGAGGGUGAUGACGGAAAGAAAAAGCCAAGCGUUGUAAGAGAUCGAACUCAUCCCGAAGGGAAUACCGAUGAUGAAUUCCAUUCUGUACAGGGUAGCGCCACCGAAGAUGACCAAGAGGAUGGUAGCAGCGGUACAGUCGGCAAAAAGGCUAAUAAGCGCAAAGCAGCGCCAGAAAAACUAACCGAUGGUGCCGAUGAUAAUGUGGAUAGCGAGGAUGAACCAUUAAAUGGCGGCGGCGGAGGUGGAAGUGCAAAGAAAGGGCGGAAGCCGGCAGGAGGCGGAAAACAAAAAACGGCUGGCAAAAAUGGUAAAGCCACUGGUAGGCGUGGCAAAGGGAAGAAGGCACAAGCAAAGGUAGACGAGGAGGAGGGAGAUGGUGAGGGUGAGGAAGUCUACGAGGUUAAGGACAUAGUAAGCCACAAAGUAGAACAUGGUGUUACUUACUACUUAAUACGCUGGAAGGGCUAUACUAAAGAUGACGACACCUGGGAGCCUGAGGAUACGUUGUCGUGUCCGGACAUAAUUGAAAGAUACAAAAAUAAACAAUCGCCAAGUAAAUCGAGCAAAAAGAGUGGCGUGGCUGCUAAGAAAGGACGUCCAGUAAAGGGACAAUUGGCAGCUGAUCCAAAUAAAGAGUGGGAGGUUGAUAAGAUAAUAGACUACGCCGAGGAGAAGAAUCAACGUAUAUUUCGUAUACGUUGGAAGGGAUUUGGCCCUAAACAUGACACAUGGGAACCAGAAGCGAAUUUGUCAUGUGACGAAAUUAUCGAUAAGUUUAUGAAACGAAUGAAAUCACAAGAAAAUGUAUCGUUCAAAGAACUUCGCGAGGAGCCGAAAAAGACAAAACGGCUCGUGAACCAAACGCUACCACGUACAAAUUAUCAUAAUCCGAUUGGACGCAAAUCAAAGCGCGCAGUCUCGAAGAAGAGGGUUUAUUAUGGCGAUAGCGAUGAGUAAUUUGAAAGUGGUGACAUAGUUUAAGAUGACUUAAUGGUGUUUUUGUUUUCCUAAAUCAUCGCUUUUUUACUGAAACGACACCUUAGCAUGUUGCAGCAUUGUUUUGAUCUUUCUAUUGUGCAUUUCAAACUUUACGUACAUAAAAGAUCUGCAUUUCAUUGAUGAUAUGUUUUACCGGCAGCAAAAACUACAAAAUAAAACAAAAAUUACAUAUAAAUUUGUUAGAAUUAUCUAAAUUCUAACUUCAGAAUGAAUUAUUAAAUAAAAAAAGUUAAUUGAACUUUUCUGGUGGCAUGCUGUAGGUGUUCUAGGCAAUACGUUUAUUAAUGUAUGCAUAAUUAAUUAUAAAGGAAACAUCGCAUUAAGCGUUUUAUCAACAAUAUAAAAUUGAAUAAAAUUAUUUUAUCAAGAGAA